GCGGAAAUCCGGAAGCGGUGAAAUCUGGACAGCACAGCAGGAAGAAUUUGCUGUCCAUAUCGCUUAGACUCUUUUUUUUAGGGUGAUAAAACCUUUACACAUUAUCCAACAUGUCGACAGCUGCACAUUCUGACAAGUUCAGGAAAGUAGACGUGGAUGAAUACGACGAGAACAAGUUUGUGGAUGAGGAAGAUGGAGGAGAUAACCAGGGUGGACCAGACGAAGCAGAAGUGGACGCUCUACUCAGACAGGGAAACCUGAAUGGAGCUCUUCUAGCUGUGCUCAAGGAUCCUCCUAUCACCACCAAGAACCAGAAUGUUAAGGAGCGAGCAGAGCUGCUGGUGGUCCGAGUGCUGAGCAGUUUUAAGAGCAGUGACAUUGAGAAGGCUGUGGGCUCACUGGAUAGAGCAGGAGUGGACCUGCUGAUGAAAUACAUUUACAGAGGCUUUGAGAAACCCUCUGACAACAGCAGUGCAGUACUGCUACAGUGGCACGAAAAGGCUCUUGCGGUGGGAGGGGUGGGCUCUAUAGUUCGAGUCCUGACUGCCAGGAAGACCGUCUGAUCGUACCGGUCCCCACAGACACCAGCUGUGACCCAAAACCACCGGAGCUGAUGACAGGGACGUGUCUCUUCAUGUUUAAUCCUCUUGGACAUGAUUCCCAUUUAUUUUUAUAUUGGAGCUGAGUGUCUUCCUGAUGCCAUUAUGUCCUUUUUUUCUGCAUUCAUUUUUCACUUCUCUGGGAUUUUCAUGCUCUGGCUGUAAGGCAGGGUGGUGCUGGCACCUCACUUCCUGUCUGUUUGCCAGCCGUGCAGAGAGAACACACACAUUUCAGAAGCUUCACCCACACAGACACACUCUUCUCCAAAGCAGCUCCUUUCAAACUGCUUCACUGAUGCCUCCGCUGGCUCAUUGUAUCCUCUCGCCUCCUCUGCUGUUUUCUUCUCCCUCCUCUGCCUCUGACUCAUUCAAGUUGAGGGAAUGGAAAGGUUUGUUCUUGAAUGGAGUGGUGACCCGUGCAGGGUGUGUCCCUGCCUUUUGCUUAAUGCAUGUUGGGAUCCCCCCCCACCCCCCCAUCAUUAUUUUUUUCAAUAUCUUUUUCUUUUUUUUUUUUUUUUACUUUCACCGACACCACAUUAUGUACAGCCUGACUUCUAGGGUGUACUGCUUAGAUUCUUUGUUUUUAUAUCUGAAAUAAAAAUCUCAAUAAUGCGCUGAACCUGA